AAGGCAGAGCCGGAUACGCAGAAGGGAAGCCGGUAUACACCAAGUGCAGUAUGAUCACAACUAGAGAGAAGCUGAGGACUUUUGGACAACAAUCCUUCGAUCUACCAUGCCUGGCCUAAUCGUGCAGUAUCCUACGAAAAGUUUCAACAUGGAAAAUGAUGAUCAUGGAAGAAACAAGAACUUAGGAAAGAACCUCAUGUGCCGACUAAAGUGUAUGUUCUCCGACUCGCCUGCUCAGGAGAGGCUAAGUCUGGAAGAUAUCCAACAAUGGGCCCAGUCUCUGGAGCGCCUUCUCGGGUCGAAAUAUGGCUUGGCCACAUUUCACACCUUUCUCAAAUCAGAAUACAGCGAUGAAAACAUGGAAUUCUGGUUGACGUGCGAAGACUUCAAGAAGAUCACGUCCUCGCAUAAGAUGACAUCGAGGGCAAAAAAAAUCUUUGAGCAAUUUGUUAAAGCCGAAUCUCCAAAAGAGAUUAACAUUGACCACCAAACACGAGAAGAAAUUAAGAAAAAUGUAAGAAGGCCGACGGUGCAAUGUUUCGACGAGGCUCAGAAGAUUGUUUACGGACUGAUGGAACGGGACUCUUAUCCUAGGUUUCUACGAUCUGAGAUGUACAAGACUCUUCUCGAUUCCCUUGCUGUGGACACUGAGCAAGCAUAACUGGAUUUGUUAUACAGUACCAAAGCUAAAACUGGAAUAUUGUGAACUUCUUGUUUGUUUUUUUUUUUUAAUGCUAUUACAGCAUCUAUGGCUAUAUGGUGAGAACUGAGUAAUCUAUAAACAAUUGGGGAAGGACAAUUUGCCAUUUCCAAUUUACCUAAACUAUGGUAGGAAAACGGUGUCCCCGGAAUAAACCCAUGCUGACUCAGGAAGAACAUGUAAAUUCCACACAGAAACACCUCAUCUGACCUGGCUAAGUCUUCUGGACUUCCUUGCAAAAGCCGAACCCUGCAAAACCUCAAAACAUGGAUCCCAACUCGGGUGGACCUAACAUAACCCUCAAAGAACCUUUGGGACUUAAAGAUCAAUGCAGUUAGAAUGUAUCUGAUCUACAACAAAGCAAUACUUCUGGGACUAGGAGCCUCAUUGCACUAAACCUACAGUUAGCCCAAAGCGUUUUUAUUAUUAAAGUUUUUUUGACAACUUCUCUACUGUGGAGGUUUCCUGUGUAGAUAAGCGUUCAGCUCCUUAAAGCUUUUCCGGUGGUUUUAUAAAACUACAAUGUUGGCACAACACUAUCUGCUCCUGGAGCUUUCAGGAGAUCUUUAAGAACUGUUUUGCCAUGCAUUAUAAAGACUUUCAUACCAAGAAAAAACUAUCCCAGCUGGUUGGUUGAGGUUUAUAUGAGAUUCUUGCAAGGGGAAUUGUUAUAAACUGUAUUGUAACAUUGCCAAAGAUGUAUAAUUUAAACGUUAUGACCAAUUGAACUCCUAGAGUUCAAAUAAGAAAAUAAAAACUGUAGCAUGUGUGCCGCACACACAAACUGUAAGCAUUGCAUUACUUGUAAUGUCAUGAGGUUUAAAGGGGUCAUAUAAAGAAAAUGAUUUUGUUUAUUUGAUGUAUUGCAAUGUGUUUAUGGGUUAAGGUUCAAAAAACACAUUAUUUUCCACACACUGUACAUUAUUGUUGUUCCUGUAUAACUGCGAUUUUUACAAAGCUAACGUUUUGAAAAGCUCAGUGUGCUAUGAUUGGCAAGGCAUCGAGUGCAUUGUGAUUGGUGGAAUACCUCAAGCGUGUGACGGAAAUGUUACCAUAUUUGGAAUAUCAACUCCUAAAGCACAGGGUCUUCACAACAUGGCGGCGCGGGUGGUGGCAAUAAAACUACAACGAGAAUAAAAGUUAUGUCUUCUUUCUUUGCGUAUGCAAAGUGGGUGGUGUUAUGCAAAUCUUCCCACAUAGUGGGGUAGAUCUGUGGGGGCGUGUUUGAAUAAAACUUUUAGAGAGAAUCCCUCAGGGUUUAAUCUUUGUGACUUUACGGAUCCUAUACAGCAGUGUUUCCCAAUCCUGGUCCUUGAGUACCCCCUUCCAGAAAGUUUUAGAUGUCUCCUUAUUUAAAAAACCUGAUUCAACUAAUCAGUCUCCUUCUAGAAUGGGUAACAUGUCUCCAUAACAAGCUGUUGAGUAAAAUCAGGUGUGUUAGAUAAGGAGACAUCUAUAACUUUCUGGAAGGGGGUACUCAAGGACCAGGAUUUGGAAACAGUGCUAUACAGUAUAUGCACAAAAGCAUUAAUACUCCAAAGAGAAACGAAAAUAUAAAAAUCACAUCAUAUGACCCCUUUAAAGCAAAUGUACUACUGUACUAUGAUUGUUAUUUAUUAGAUGGUUGGAUGUUGACAUUUGUUCUGUCCACUUUAAUUAUUAAGAAGAAUAAAAUUAAAAUUGGAUAUUGUUCAACUUUA